CCAGCUCCAGCUCCAGCACGGUUCGAGGAGGGAGGGAGAGGAGAGGGAGGAGGGAGAGACACACUUGACGCAUCGGAGUGAGUGAGUGAGUGAGUGAGUGAGCACACGGACGCUUCACUUUCCCAAUAUGCAACCUGCGAGACGCCACGCCGUCAGCUACUUGCGCUACUGACACUGAGAGAGAGAAAGGGAGGCAGGGAUGGAGGCACAGUGGUAGGAGCGGCGCAGAACAGAACAGCACAGCACAGCACAGCUCGUGAAUGUAGCGCUGCACAAAAGAAAGAGCAGCAUCUUUUGCGCACAAGUCCGACGGAUAUUUUUUUUUAUUUUGGCCGGGAGCGUCGCCGCGACUCGACAGUGAUGUCUGUGUGCAGAAUUUUGUUUAGUGACAAAAUACGGAUUAAUCUGAGGCUGUGAGUUCCUCGGAGACAUUACUGCUGCGAGGACAGACUGGGAAACCAUAAAGGUGCGACUCUGAUUCCAUACAUUUGUGAUUGGAUGUGAGACUACUUUGACCCUACAAAAAUUGAAGAUGAUGUUGCUAUGGAAACUGCUGGUGCUGCAGUCACUUAUGGGGUGCCUUGCAGAGAGCAGUGUCCUGCAGAGUCCUGUCUUUACCAAGCAGCCCGGCAGCAUCGUGUAUCCUGUGGAGACUCUGGAGAGGAACAGGGAGGUGGUGUUUAGCUGUGAAGCCCAGGGAAGCCCACCCCCCAUCUACCGGUGGAAACUGAAUGGCACAGAAAUCAGUCCCAAAUCUGGAUCUCACUACAGCCUUUCUGGAGGCAACCUCAGAAUCAGCCAUCUGAACAAAGACCAAGAUGCUGGAACGUAUCAGUGCCUCGCCUCCAACUCUUUCGGGACCAUCGUCAGCCGAGAGGCCAGUCUAACCUUUGCGUACUUGGAGAACUUCAAGACUCACAGAAGAAGCUCGGUAUCAGUCCGUGAAGGUCAAGGAGUGGUUCUGCUGUGUGGCCCACCCCCGCAUUCUGGAGAUCUCGUAUUUUCCUGGAUCUUUAAUGAGUACCCAACAUUUGUGAAGCAGGACACUCGCCGCUUCAUCUCGCAGGAGACAGGGAAUCUGUACAUCGCCAUGGUGGAGCCCUCAGAUGUUGGCAAUUAUACCUGCGUGGUGACCAACACCGUCACCAAGACCCGGGUCCAGGGUCCACCCACUCCACUUGUCCUCCGCAGUGAUGGUGUGAUGGGUGAAUAUGAGCCAAAGAUUGAAGUUCAGUUUCCAGAGAUUGUUCAUGUUGCCAAAGGAUCCACUGUAAAGUUGGAAUGCUUCGCUCUGGGAAACCCGGUACCAUCCAUAAACUGGAGGAGAAUGGACAGCAUACCCUUCCCCAGGAAAGUGGACAUGAGGAAAGCCAGUGGCGUCUUGGAAAUCCCGUAUUUCCAGCAGGAGGACGCCGGCACGUACGAGUGUGUGGCCGAGAACUCCAGGGGAAUGAACACAGUGAAAGGAAAGCUCUCUUUCUACGCCCCUCCUCAUCUCAUUGAGAAACCCCAAGAUGUCCAGAAGCUCAUUGAUGAGUCGUUGGUGUGGGAGUGUAAAGCCACGGGGAAGCCGAAGCCGUCUUACAGGUGGAUGAAAAAUGGAGAGAACCUGGAGUCUGCAGAGGAGCGCGUACAGGUUGCCAAUGGAGCGUUGUCAAUCAGUCGUCUGACCCUGUCCGACACAGGAAUGUACCAGUGCGUGGCUGGCAACAAGCAUGGCGAGGUCUACUCCAACGCAGAGCUCCGAGUUAUAGCUGUUGCCCCAGAUUUCUCUCACAACCAAGUGAGGAGCCAGACUCUGGUGAAGGUGGGAGGAGAUGCGCUCAUCGAGUGCAAGCCCAAGAUGUCUCCUUGGGGUGUGGUCUCUUGGAGGAAGGGCAGCGAACCGCUUCGAGAGAGUAACAGGGUCUCCAUUCUGGACAACGGUAACCUUCGGAUAUGGAACGCAACCAAACCGGACGCAGGUCUCUACACGUGUGUGGCAAGAAACCAGUUUGGCGUGGCAAGUAGCACAGGAAGCAUCACAGUUAAAGAGCCGACCAUCAUAACCACCCUGCCGUCCACCCUGGACGUCACCGUGGGGGAGAGUGUGGUCCUGCCCUGUCAAGUGAGCCACGACCCGUCUCUGGAGCUCAAAUUCACCUGGUUCUUCAACGAGCAGGUCAUCCACUUCGGGAGCCACGGUGGAUUUUUUGAAAAAGUGGGAGGCCAGCAUUCAGCAGGAGACAUUAUGAUUCGAAACAUCCAGCUGAGGCAUGCGGGGAAGUACACGUGUGCCGUGCAAACGAAGGUGGACAGCAUUUCCAUUGCUGUUGACUUGGUUGUCAGAGGUCCCCCGGGGCCCCCCACCAGCAUCCAUGUAGAAGAAAUCACUGAUACCACAGCCUCUCUGUCCUGGAGGCCUGGUCCUGAUAAUCACAGUCCAAUUACGGCAUACACCAUCCAGGCCAGGACACCAUUUUCCCUCGGGUGGCAGGCUGUCACCACAGUUCCUGAGGUGGUGGGGGGCCACCGGCUGACAGCUACAGUAAUAGACCUGAGCCCUUGGGUGGAGUAUGAGUUUCGAGUCCUGGCAAGCAACACCAUUGGGACCGGCGAGCCCAGCAAGCCAUCUAAACAAGCAAGGACAAAGGGGACCUCUCCGAAGGUCACACCAGCUAAUGUGAGUGGAGGCGGUGGCAGUCGCUCGGAAUUAGUCAUCACAUGGGAGCCUGUUCCAGAGGAGUUGCAGAAUGGACCAGGAUUUGGCUACGUUGUGGCAUUUCGACCCCACGGUGCCACAGGAUGGAUGCAGGCCGCCGUGCCAUCCGCUGAAACAUCCAAAUACGUCUUUAAAGACGAAAGCAUCCAGCCCUUCUCGCCUUUCCAUGUGAAGGUCGGGGUCUACAACAAUGAGGGGGAAGGGCCGUUUGGGUCUGUCACCACUAUCUACUCUGCUGAGGAAGAGCCUGGCCGAGCGCCCACCAGGGUCCGUGCCAAGAGCCUCUCUGCGUCUGAGAUUGAAGUUUCAUGGAAAGCUCUGCCCUGGAAUGCCAGCAAGAAAAGAGUGCUGGGCUAUGAGCUGAGGUACUGGAGUAGAAGUGAAAAGGAAGACACAGCCAGUGUGCAAAGGACUGUAGGAAAUCAAACGUCUACUAUUAUCCGCGGUGUGAAAGGCAGUACCACAUAUUACAUCUCAGUGAGGGCGUAUAACACUGCUGGAACGGGGCCUCCCAGCGCCGCUGUCAACGUCACCACCAAAAAGCCACCACCCAGUCAGCCACCGGUGAAAGUGAUGUGGAACACAUCAAACUCCAAGAUUAUAUUGAACUGGGAGCAGGUCAAAGCCCUGGAGAAUGAGUCAGAGGUCACUGGUUACAAAGUGCUGUACAAGAAGAAUCGACAUAGCCGCCCCAACGUCAUGGAAACCAACACCACCUCUGUGGAGCUCGCCCUGCCCACUGAUGAGGAUUAUAUCAUCCAGAUAAAGCCAUUUGGAGAGGGAGGGGAAGGCAGCAGUAGCAGGCAGAUCACCAUCCCAAGGAUACCAGGCCCCAACGCAGUCGGCUCAGCAUCCAAGGUCUCCACUCUAUCAGCCCUCAGCACAAUAGCUCUGUCUUUCACAGCGCGGACAUCUUUAUGACAAACAGCUCCCAGCAGAUCUCCCAUCUGAUGUGCAGACAGCUCUACGGUGGAACGCAAACACAGCCCACUCUGGUGUAACUAGAUCCAUUCAUUUAGAUAUUAGAGGCAGAAGGAAGAUGCUGACGAAAAAAAAAAAAAAAAAUACGCCAUUGAGAUGACAGGGAAGGAGUCCCCUUCAGCACCCAGGCAAAGUAAAGGAGAUUGACCGAUGUCGUGACUAUGUUGUUACCAAAGCAGCUUUCAUAAGAAAAAAAGAGAAAAAUGUCUUAUAUGCAUCUUUUUGUAUGACAUGUUGAGCUUUUAUAGAUUUUUUUUUUCUUAAUCAAUCUGAAGUCGGUCUGGGCUUACUGGGGCGAGAGCAAUUAAGUGCAUGGCAAACAACAUCAUCGAAUUUUCCAGUCUGGAGGUUAAGAAUGUGAUUUGACAGCACACCUUUUGUCUUCUAAAGUAAGAUAAUACGUGUAACUUUGGUUCUAACAAACCAGAGUCAGUUGUUUCUUUUUCUUCAAGUGAAUGAACUAUUAACUGUUAUCUGUCACAUUUCUGCAUUUCUGUUUCUGCAAUCUCUCACUCAAAGGACUGCACGGACAUGUUGGGUGUUUGUCAUUCUUGGUCACCUUACCAAGUACUGUAUGUGAAGAGGGGAUUAGCAUUUAAAAUCAUCUGUCUCCAGCCAGUAUGCUAACAUUACAAUUAGCAAACUGGACAAAAUUAGCCAGUUAAAGUCAAUUCACAAAGGAUUUCACUAGUGAGGUGGACUUGUUUUGAUAUGUCAUGAAGUUUGCAUAAAAUGCACAAUUAAAAACAAUAUUAACUUUUAGUUAAUGCUAUCGGGCACGAAUUAUGUAAAGGAUUGGUUAGGACUUUUUGUCAAGUCUGUCUUAAUGCAAUGCUCACAUACCAUAUGUACGCUGGUUAUGAGCUGUGGCAAUCAUUCCUGCUGUCCAUACUCGCCCUUCGCAGUAUGAUCACAUUGCUAAGAUGGGGGACAAAAUCCACAGUCCUUGUUCUGUGCAAAAAGGCCUUCUAAAAUUUGUUGUACAUAUGGCAUGAAAACAAAGAGAGAAAUCCCACACCUUUAUACUUUGCUGGAUGCUAACACGAUAGUAGGCCAUGUUUUUGGUGCCAGUCCUCUCGCAGGAAGGUGACCAAGAACUCGCAAAAAGUCGAUGGAGUCCAUGAAGCCAUUCACGUGAUAGUUACCGAGCUUGUAACCAGAAAUGCUGUUCUGCAGAGCAUCUCCCCUGGGUUCCUUGACCAUGGCCAUUGAACUGCACUGGUGACCGGACCACCCUUGUGGCUGUCUCAUGCUCCUCAUUCUUUCAGUUAGCCCUGUGUCUAGAGCUAUUCUUUGCCUUCUGUGUGCCUCAUCAUAUGUUCAAAAUCCUCAGGUCCUUAAAGAGCCUUAACUUAUCAUAUGUAUAUCAAAAACAUUAGAAACAUAGAACUAUGAAGCAGCCGCGGUGAUGUUUACAUGCUGCUGUGUUGAUAGAUAUUGUUUGUGGUCAGGAUUUGGGGGAGGGGCGAGGGGCGGGCCAGCAUCCUUUCUGAAAUUUUGAGGCUAGUAAGGUUAGUUUGAAUGGCAUUCUGCUGUUUCGCAUGGGAUAUUGGCAAUAUACGAGGGCCUGGUGCAUUUUUAUAGGUGUGUAUUCUUAAUAAAAGACGAUGCUGCUGACCUUUUCUUUUCCCAUAGUCUCCUGAUGCCAUGUGGGAGUGCUGUGCUACAGAGGUACAGUGCAGUCUGUAUGUAGCUUGUAAUCCAGUUAAGUAGUUUGUACUUUGAAGGGAAGUGUACUGUAGGCUACUGGGUCUUGCUCAGAAUCAUGCAUCAAGAAAUGUGUAAUAUACUGUUUUGUACACUUCGAAUCAUUUAUAUAAAAGAACCUUUCUAAAGAGAUGAUUUACUUGAUGUUUUUAUGUAAUGACUCUGUUUCAUACUGUAGCUCACUGUUGCUCAGCAUGACUGUACUUUGUCCUCUCUCUUCUGUCCAUCUGCAAACCGACUGAAUGGCUUUAGGAACAUGCAAGAUUCAUGCAUCUGAUAGGUUUGUGUAUACUGUGUGUGUACCAUGAACUCUGAACCAUGGUCAGCCCCAUGUCUAUGCUUCUGUCUCAGUCAGCCCCUCUGAGAUGUACUGGGUCUUCUGUCCAUAUAUGCUCUACAUGAGGGUUUCCUCUGUUGCUGUUUGUUGUUUAUACUGUGUUAAUAAAGUUUAUUGAUUUAUAGAACAA